AUAGGGUUGUGCCGGCGCCAAAUAUAAAUCGAUUCGUUUGAUUCCGAAGUACAGUUGGGGGUUGGCGUUGGGGUUGGGGUUGGGUGUUGAAAUGGCUGAAAACGAUGGAAGCAGAGUCUCCUCAUCCGAUCAUGAUCAUCAAAGCAAACCCACGACGAUGAUAUCAGCUGACAACGCUCUCCAGAUUGUUCUCAAUGUUGCUCAGCGACUGCCACCUGUCACUGUUUCCCUCCACGAAGCUCUCGGCAAGGUCUUGGCCCAUGAUAUCACAGCCCCCGACCCUCUUCCUCCUUACCCUGCCUCUAUCAAGGAUGGCUAUGCAGUAGUUGCUUCAGAUGGGCCUGGUGAAUAUCCCAUAAUUACUGAAUCAAGAGCUGGAAAUGAUGGAGUUGGUGUGACUGUGACUCCUGGAACUGUUGCGUAUGUAACCACUGGAGGACCAAUACCUGAUGGUGCUGACGCAGUUGUUCAAGUAGAGGACACUGAACUAAUAAAAAGUUCUUCAGUUGAAGCGAAGAGAGUAAGAAUAUUGGUACAAACUACCCGAGGAGUUGAUAUUCGUCCAGUGGGAUGUGACAUAAAGAAAGAUGAUGUAGUACUGAAAUCUGGAGAGCGAUUAGGUGCCGCUGAAAUUGGCCUACUUGCCACUGUGGGUGUUACAAUGGUGAAGGUAUAUCCUACCCCAGCGAUUGCUGUGCUUUCCACGGGAGAUGAACUUGUAGAGCCAACAACUGGGUGUUUAAGUCGUGGCCAGAUUAGAGACUCCAACCGUGCAAUGCUUCUUUCUGCUGCAGUACAGCAACAGUGCAAAGUUCUUGACCUUGGUAUAGCUCCUGAUGAUGAAGAAAAGAUUAAGAGGAUUUUGGAUAGUGCUUUUUCUGCUGGAAUUGAUAUUCUUUUAUCUUCGGGAGGUGUUUCUAUGGGAGACAGGGAUUUUGUCAAGCCUUUGCUUGAAAAGAGAGGGAAAUUAUAUUUUCAUAAGGUUCUCAUGAAACCCGGAAAGCCUCUGACAUUUUCUGAGAUGAUUCCUGACUCACCAAACAAUGAGACAGCAAAGAAGAUUCUUGCAUUUGGGUUACCUGGAAAUCCUGUGAGCUGUUUAGUCUGUUUCCAUCUUUUUGUGGUCCCCGCCAUUCGCUAUCUUGCAGGAUGGGCAAACCCUCACCUUCCAAGAGUGCAUGCUCGUCUUAAGCAGUCCAUAAAACCAGAUCCUGUUCGUCCCGAAUUUCAUCGUUCUAUUAUUAGAUGGGAGGUCAAUGAUGGAUCUGGCAGUCCAGGAUUUGUUGCUGAGAGCACUGGUCAUCAGAUGAGUAGCCGGCUUUUAAGUAUGAAGUCAGCAAAUGCUUUGUUAGAACUGCCAGCAUCAGACCGUGUAAUCUCUGCUGAAAAUUCUGUGAUAGCCAUUUUAAUUUCUGAUUUUAGCAGUUCUGUGAGCAAGAGUUCAGUAUCGCUAGAUUUAGGUUGUGCUACCCAAGGAAGUGUAUCACAAGAAGUAACUGCAGAUGAUCCUCGAGGUUCUGAGUUUAGAGUAGCCAUCCUUACAGUGAGUGACACAGUUGCAUCAGGGACUGGGCCUGAUCGGAGUGGUCCGAGGGCAGUUUCUGUGGUUAAUUCCUCAUCAGAAAGAUUAGGAGGAGCAAAGGUAGUUGCAACAGCUGUGGUUCCAGAUGAUGUGCCUCAGAUAAAGGAUGUUUUGCAGAGAUGGAGUGAUGUUGACAAAGUGGAUCUCAUUCUUACCCUUGGUGGUACUGGUUUCACCCCAAGAGAUGUUACCCCUGAAGCAACAAAAGAAGUGAUAGAGAAAGAAACUCCUGGUCUUCUUUAUGUCAUGACGCAAGAGAGUCUGAAGGUGACACCAUUUGCUAUGCUCUCACGCGCUGCAGCUGGAAUAAGAGGAUCAACAUUGAUCAUCAACAUGCCGGGGAAUCCAAAUGCAGUAGCGGAGUGCAUGGAUGCUCUGUUGCCAGCCCUCAAGCAUGCAUUGAAGCAGAUAAAAGGGGACAAGAGAGAGAAGCAUCCUCGUCAUGUCCCUCAUGCCCAAGCAGCUCCUGUGGACACCUGGGAUGUUAGUUACAAGUUGGCUUCUGGUGGCGGCAAAGAACCCGGCUGUUCCUGUUCCCAUUGAAGUCGUGUAAUAGUUUCGUUUAUUCCGUCAGAAUUUUUAUGCAGAAUAUUGCACCAGAAUGAUGGCGGGCGGUGCUAUUUGUGUAAUUAUAUGAAUCUCAAUGGGCUUUUUUGUCUAAAGUGAUAAGACUCAAAACUGAGUCAAGUCAUGAUGUAUAAGUUUCCUAUAUGAAUUUUAUGUUUAUACAUGACGCAUGAACAAAUUGGACGAUAAAACAGGAAUGAAAGGGGUUGGCUGGUUAAGGUCACAAAACAGAUUAAUGGUGAAUCUAUGGUGUGCACGUUCUUU